UUCAAGGAAUCUGCUUUUGAUAUCAUUGAUGAAAGUUGUGCCGAGCAAUGAGGUCCGAGAUGUAUCUCUUUGAGAGAAUCUUUUAGCUUUGAUCCUUUGAUGGCUUGUAAAAUAUAGUUUCCUUGGCUUGAGAAGUAAGGAUUUUGAUAAUAUUCACUAAAUUCGAGAAUUUUUAUCUGAAACUCUGUGUCUUUGUUGAGGUUAAUUUCGUUUAUAUUGCAAUAAUUUGCUCCAGUGAUUGUUACCUUUUCUGACUGAGAGCAGAUGUUCAAAAGCUUCUGAAGGUCACCUCCACUAAACUUCCAUAUAUCAAAUUUCACUUCUCUAGGGUUGAUUAUGCUAUUUUUUGCGAUAAAGAAGACAAUACUGAUUGAAUAUUGCAGUCUCCCCAUUUUUGGGCCAUGUCUCAAUCUAGAUAAAUUCUUUCAAUAUUUGAGAUAAAUGAUCUAUUGAGGAAAUUGGAUACUUCAAUGAUAUUUGUGUGUCAAUUUUUUAAGACCAAUCUCUUCAAAUCUUUCACUGGUGUGUUAUUUCUGAUAAUCUCAUGCAUGAGUUUGAUAUCCUUAUCAAUACUCAAAUCAAUCUCCAAGUCUUGUAUAGUAUCUGUUUCAAGGAUUCACUCCUUUACUUUCUCAUACAAUCUAUCGAGUUCAGACCUAUCUUGUAUUCUAUCUAAAUAUCUCAGUGUAAUUUUCUUAGCUUCCUGGUUCUCUUCAGAUUUCUCUGCAACAAGGGAACCAUCAAUUACCUCAAGAUCUGAUUCUUCUUGAGGUUCAUCAUGACUUGCAGUUAAGUUAUAUUUGAUCAUAAAGCUGCAAUAUUUCUGAAAAACUUUACUCCCAUUAAUCUGCUUGCUCAGCUUGAGAAUAGAUUUGAGGAAAUAAUCAAACUCUAAAAAACUAUCUUCUUCCACUGCUGCCUCAAGGUUUGUUUGAAUAAUUUUGAUCUGGACAGAUAAUCUGCGAUGAACUCAUCUAUUCCUUUUGAAUGCAUCUCAAGAUUCAGACUCUGCUUGUCCUGCUGCAUCUUUUUUAGUAAACUCUUGAGAUAGGUGAAGUUUCCUCUAAUUCUAUCAGGCGUUGUGAUCUCUUCGGUUCUUCACUCAUCGUGAUGUUUGUCUUUGCAGCCAUAGCAUAGAACAACAUUGUGAGUGAUGCAGUGCACUCUUCUCUUGGAUUUGCAAUUCUUAGUCAGUCAAGUUUUCAUUGUUGUGUUGGUAAUUCCUGUCUU